UUUACUUGUCUCUCUUUAGAGAUUAUAAUUUUUCCUACAUAAAUUGCCUCAGCCAACUCAAAAUACAUUCAGAUUCACUCAAUCGGUUCGUGUGUGAGAAACAUUCAAUCGUUUUACGUGUGUCCAUUCGAGAAAUCCUAAUUUAAAAAAAGAAAUUUUCUUUUUAAUUUUCUUGCUAAUUUGCAAUUGUAUUUUCAUUCCGAUAAAAAAACAAUAAAAAUCAUACAAAAAUGAAAUUCGUCAUCGCUCUUGCGUCGAUUUUGUUCCUCGGCUCUGUUGCCAGUGUGGAAGAGGGAGCCUGCUCCAAGGCAACAUCAAAUGUCUGCAGUGUGGUUAACCCCACUGGAAAUUUUGGUAACUGUAACGCACAAUACGGUGCUAUUCCCCACAUUGAACACCAUCUUCAAUCAUAUGCUAGCCAACAGUUGAGUGCAUCAUACGACUAUUUGCUAUUGAGCACAUUCUACAACACCUACCAACGCGAUCGUCCUGGAUUCUCUAAACUUUUCCGUUCUCUGUCCGAUGAAGCUUUCGAAAAUACCAUCAAGCUAAUUAAGCAUGUGACCAAACGUGGUGGUGUCAUUCCAUUCAGAAUGCACCAACAAGUCAAACGCGGUCGUGUUCCAGUUGAAGAUGACAAAAAGACUUUGGACUUUGAUGAAUUACCAUCAUUGUCAAAGGCUUUGGACAUGGAGAAGGAACUGUCAAAGAAAGCUAUUGAACUACAUGCUCAUGUUUCAGUUCACAAUAGCCAAGCUACCAAGACCGUAACUUAUGAUCCAGAAAUUACUCAAUUCUUGGAAGAGGAAUUCCUUGGCAAACAAUCUUCCAACAUUCGUAAAUUGUCGGGAUAUGCCAAUGAUUUGCAUAAGAUUGUUGAUAGGAAUGCCAAUGGUGGUAGUUCGACUGCUUUGGGAGUGUUCUUGUUUGAUGAGUAUUUGCAAAAGCAGUAAAUUUCAGUUUAAGAUGAUGCUGUAAUACAUUCACUUUCAAAAAAGGAGUAUAACACCUAGAAGACUCCGAAUUAACUGGAUUUAUUAAGAUUCAGCUGGUUUUAUGAUCAAAAUUUGUAUAUGCAAUUUAUUAUACUUUUGAUUUGUUUUUUUGUUUGUUUUUAAAUAAAAAACUUUGAAAUAACAUCCAUUCA